UUCGCAGUGGGGGAAUCACGUGUGGUCGGCAUAUUCAAACGUGUACAGAUUGGCUCGCCCAAGUCUCCACAAUCUUUGGUUUUCCAACACACAAUGAACACUCACGCUCAGCCCGACAUCAAUUCAGAUUUAACGUUAGCUAGCUAGCUAGCAUAGCUAACAGUUUCCUAGUUUGUCACGAGCUGCAGUUCGCUUCUGAUUCUUUAAAAGUCCUUGAAAGCCUUAGAUGAAAUAGUUAGUGAGCUUCACGUGGCCUUGUUUCAAAAGCUGAGAACGCUUGCUAGUAGAACCAAGAUCUAAACACAGGAAAAGGGCGGUCGUGAUCCCUUUCGUACCAUAUUCCGACUGUUCAAAUAAAACUGCGACAAUGGCUAUUUACCAAAAUUAAUGUUAACAAUUGGCUUUACCAAAUAUUUGAAAGUGGGUUGUAGUGGUGUGGGGUAUUCUGUCUCCAGAGAAUAAACGGUUAAAAUGAUUUAAUUUGGUUUACUAGGCCAUUGGGAUGAACCAUUUGAGAAAAAUGGGGGCCUGGGGGGAGAGAAGUCUGUGCGAUUUGUUGUUUACUUAUUUCAACUAGAGAUUGGUUGUAUACUGACUUGAGCCAGCCAUAUGAGUGUCUACACAAGAACGUUGAUUGUUACAUGAUGACAAAUAUUUGAACUAAAACAACUGUGAAAGCAAAAGUCCGAAAUCCCAGACACCCUCUAUUCCCAACCAUUCCCCACACUGGAACCCGACCCAUGGUGAUUGAUUCCAAUCCAAAUCCACAGUUCAGGAUCCAUUGAGCAGCCUUGUUCGAGCGCAGAGUAGAGCAGCUGUGAGAAAGAACCAGACUAGCUCAAUUCUGAAAUGCCUCAAGACACAUCAAAAUACGGCUAUUUGCGGGACUCCAUAUAACUUGUAAUAUUACCCAUCUGUUAACACGAGUUUGUCUUUUUUUUUCGGGUGUAGUAGCUGUAGAAUUUUAACCAGAGAUACCAUUAGCACAUGAUUCGGUACUACACAGCCUUGCGUCAGCUAGGAUAGCCACGCUAAUUAGUAAAGAGAGGUUAUUUUUGGUCUGAGUGAGAGCGCUGGCGUGCACUACAAUAAUUAUUUGGCCAUAUGAGCAUAGCUAACAACUGCUUCGUUUCAUACCAUCACGUCGCUAAAUCCUGCAUAUUUCAUGACAGAAAUCUGAAUUCGGUGUGUAGCCUCGAGUCAUGAUUUAUUUUUUUGGUUAUACAUUUUGUGGUACUAAAACAGUCAGUGGUACAGACGUUUUAGAUUAGAUUUAUUCCGUAUAUCAACCAAUUGCAUUGAUUUAAUGUCAUACGAGGCGCCAUUAGAUAAUGGACCUGAAUUUUUAUUCCGAUCUAACGGAUGGGACUGGGCCACACGGAGAUCCAGAAUUCCUGGACCCUGGGUCUUUCAAUGGAUAUGACAAUAAGUUCCCUGAAGGCAGUGACAACUACCUGACCAUCAGCGGGGCGGGCAAUCCAUUCCUCUCAUCCUCUGAGACGUUCCACACCCCCAGUCUGGGAGAUGAGGAGUUCGAGAUCCCCCCCAUCUCCCUGGAUCCAGACCAGGCGCUCACCGUGUCCGAUGUGGUGGCCCACUUCGGAGAGCUAUCGGAUGGAGAGCGCGGUGGCUUGUCCACCCCCGGGAACGUUGUGGUCGGGGGAGACGACCCGUCCUUCGCCUCCACCUUUGUGAAUCCCCACCCGGGGUCUCAGGGACUGGACCACCACCUGAGUCUGGGGGUCAUCAGUCAGUCCGGUGGAGGAGGAGCUAUUCUGGGGUCUGCUCUGGGCAUGGAUCUGGGCCACUCCGUUGGCUCCCAGUUCAGCAGCUCCUCCCCCAUGACCAUAGAUGUCCCACUGAGUGACAUGGGCCACGGCCUGUUGGGCCACAACCAGCUGACCACCAUCGACCAAUCGGAGCUCAGCGCCCAGCUGGGGCUCAGCCUAGGGGGCGGGGCCAUCCUGGCGAGGUCGCAGUCACCUGACCAACCGCCGUCGGCCGCUGCUUCGCCGGCCGGCUCGCUACAGGACGACGACAUGGACGACUUCAGACAGAGUGUGUUGGUGGAGUCCCCUAUCUCUCUCGGCGUCAUCUCCCUCGAGCCCCCUCUCUCCGACUCCCCCAUUCCUUCCUUCGCUCCGUCCUCCAGCACCCCUCCUACCCUUGUCCGGAGAGGGGGAGCGGCCGGAGGAGGAGGGAAGAAAGGGAAGAAAAAGAAAGACCCUGACGAGCCCCAGAAGCCUGUGUCGGCCUACGCUCUGUUCUUCAGGGACACACAGGCAGCCAUUAAGGGCCAGAACCCCAGCGCCACCUUCGGAGAGGUGUCCAAGAUAGUGGCCUCCAUGUGGGAUAGCCUGGGGGAGGAGCAGAAGCAGGUGUACAAGAGGAAGACGGAAGCAGCUAAGAAGGAGUAUUUCGAGGCUCUGGCAGCCUACAGAGAUAAUCAGCUUUCUCAGCCGACCAUUGAGGUUUUGGACACUUCCCCAUCGCCUCCCUCUCCUCCUCCCGUUGCCCCACUCCCCGCCCCUACUCCCCGUUCCACCCGUUCCUCCGUCCCCCACCUCGCCCUUGAAGAGAACACCAUCACCAACAUCUGCACCUCCAACAUCAUCCUAGCAGGUGGAGACCUCCCUCAGGUCACCACCCGCUCCCGUACAGGGGCGCACAAACCCCCCACUCCUACGCCCGCCCUGGCUCCAAGCCCCCCCACCGUUACUAAAAUCAUCAUCAAGCAACAGACGUCGCCAUCAGGGGUAAUGGUGGUGUCAAGUAGUACGGUAUUGUCUACUCGGCAGCCGCCACCACUCCAACAGAUGCAGAACACCCCUCCUCCGCCCCGUCUCCAGCAGAUGGUACAUGCCCAGGCCCCACCGCCACUGCAGGCCAAACCAAGAGGCGGGGGUGCCAUGGCACCACCCCCUCUGCAGAUCAAGAUCGUCCCUCCCGCCUCAGAUUUGGACUCUCCCAUUAUCGACACGGCGGCAGGGGGGUUAGCCGCGUUGGGGGGGGGCACUCCGACCUCGGGGGAGUUGGUACAGUCCGCUGCCUUAGUAACGGCCUGUUCGACGGAAGCCGAGGACGGGGCUGAAGGAGAGGAAGGGAUGCAGGUGGAGUUGAAUGUGUCUCCAGGGCCAGAUGUGACCCAGACCUGCAGCCCUAACCUGUGUGUCCGAGCCGGCUGCACCAACCCAGCUGUAGAGAACAAGGACUGGGACAGGGAAUACUGCAGCAACGAGUGUGUGGCCACACACUGCAGGGAUGUGUUCAUGGCCUGGUGUGCGAUUCGAGGGCAGAACUCCACUGUCACGUAAGGAAUGGACAGAAGAGAGGAGUGAUAGAUGGACAGACUUCAAAGAGGAGUGAGAGGAGAGAAGAGUGAUAUAUGGACAUGAUAGGGAUUAGCCAAGACUAAAGAGAAAGGAGAGGGGAGUGAAGAAUGGAGAAGAGAAGAGAGGGACUUGGCUUUUUUCCACAACCAGACUUUGUCCUCAUAGAAUAAUCAAGCAGAAGACCAAUACUCCUGUGAUGAUACAUUAUGAAUUUUAAAUAAUAAUUAAAUCAUUUUAUAUUAAAUGUUUUUAAGGUAAUAUGUAAUAUAACGCUAGAUGCACCACUGGUAUGUCGCUUGCAUUUCAUAGCUCGUGCCAUAGAGUUGGACAAAGGGCAUAUAUUUUCAAAUGGUGCUGUCCAUGUAAAAAUACUGUUUUAAUCUAUCCAACUCUACGGCUAAUGAAGGUUUUUCUCCUGACCAUUGUA